AUGGGUCGGCAACGAUCAGAAAGCCUCAGUGGACAAUUACUACGGAAAUCGACCAAACUCAAGAAAGUUCAGCCGUGUGGUGACAUUAAAUGUGUUCUGUUCAAGGUCAAUGGCUGCCAGUUGACCUCAGUCUACGAUCUACGCGAGGGCGAAGAGGGAUCGGCCGAUUUCUACGAUGAUGACUGGGCUUUCCGAAGGCCGAGGAGUAACAGUUCGGUGGUAGACUGUUAUGAACUUUCGCCCCAAUCCGGAAAUGUUAUAGUUCUUGACAAAUCUAUCAAGGUCGACAGAGCGUUCUCGGCUCUCUGUGAACAAAAUGUGCGUGCUGGUUUGGUGUGGGAUGCCUCUCAGAGACGAAUUACAUCCAUCGUAACUUUGACUGACUUCCUGAAGUAUCUACGUGAAGAUGCUUCCCAGUGUACUCAGGGUGAGAUAGGCGACCUCAUAACCGACAACUCGUUGGUCACUGUGUUUGCAGAUAUGAAAGUGAUCGAAGCAUGCGAGCAAUUAUGUCUACAUCGCGUACAUCGUAUUAUCGUGCGGGAACCUCAAUCAGGAGAUAUUCUUUACCUUCUAACAAUAAAACGGGUACUUCAAGCUAUACAUAAACAGAAUCGUUCGUUACAUUUUGCUCAGUGGUUGAGCAGUCCUAUCAAGGAAUCGGGCGUAGGCACGUGGGAGAGUACAAUACAUUCGGUUUCACUUGAAGAUUGUUUGAACGACGUGGUCGAAAAACUACUUGGACAUCAUUUAUCGUCACUUCCGGUGAUCAACUCAGAUGGGCAAGCAAUCGAUGUGGUUACUAAAUCCGAUUUAGCUAUGGCUUUGAUAGAUAUGAACGCUCAUCAGACCUUCUUCGCGGACACCACCGUCGGGACAGUGCUCGGUCACCGGCCACCAGCAGUAUUUGUUCGUCCAAACGAUCCUGUCGGUAAAGUGCUUGACGUGCUGCUCGAAGCACACCACAUGCGUUGCGUGUUCAUCGUCGACGAUCACAUAACGCCAAUCGCAUGCGUUUCACAAUCGGAUGUCAUCUCACAUUUGAUCUACGACGAAGUGCCAUUCCAGAAGCAGAAGUCACCGUCGUUAAAUUCAUAA